AUGCUGUCUUCCAACGCCGCCUUCACGGUGAUCAGCCCAUCCACCAUUGCUCCACAGGUGCACGUGGAGCCACAGGUUCCCAAAGCCAGCGCUGCAGGCUCCUGGGUUUCCAACAGCACCGGCACUGCGCUGGCAGCCGCUGGCCUUGUAACCGCGGCUGGCCUCCGGCGCAAGGCACGCGGUGCUCGGGCGGCGAAGACGGGCCCUGUUGCCACCGGGCUGUCCAGCUCUGUGGGUGAGACCUACUUCCGCGAUCAGUUGGUGGCCUGCCGCGCGCAGCUGAAUGGAGUGGAGGCUCCAACGCUGGAGGAGACUGACCAGCACAUCCAAGAUGUGCAGAACUUUGCCAAGCAGGCGCUGGCAGGAGCUGCGGCUGCCAUGGUCUUCACUUCCUCCAUGGAGUCUGCGGUAGCUUACCCCAUUUUCGCGCAGCAGAACUAUGCCAACCCACGUGAGUACACGGGCAAGAUUGUGUGCGCCAACUGCCAUUUGGCCUCCAAGCCAAUCGAGGUUAGGAUCCCGCAGGCGGUGUUGCCAGAUACCAUCUUCAAGACCGAAGUGGAGAUCCCUGCCAAGUAUGCCAAGCGCCGCCAGCCCAUCGCUGAUGGCUCUAAGGGCCCCAUGAACAUUGGAGCCAUUGCCGUGAUGCCAGAGGGCUGGAAGCUGGCUCCCAAGGAUCGUCUGCCAAAGCCAUUGAAGAAGGAGAUGAAGGGCCUGGCCUGGUCCGCUUACAGCAAGGAGUACCCCAACAUCGUGGUCGCAGGACCGGUGCCGGGCGAGAGCUACGAGAAGAUGGUUCUGCCUGUCCUGGCGCCUGAUCCCAACACCAACGACAAGGUGCUUUUCGGCAAGGGCAUCUUCUACUUCGGCGGCAACCGAGGUCGUGGCCAGGUCUACCCAGAGGGCAACCAGAGCAACAACAACCAGUUCUUCGCCGUGGCAACAGGCACCGUGACUGCUGUCGACGGCUUGAAGGUCACCAUCACGACCCCAUCUGGCGAGGCCAAGACUCAGGAGAUGCUGCCUGGUGCUGACAUUGUCAUUCAGGUCGGUGACGAGGUGGAGAAGGAUGAGCCGAUCACCACCAACCCCAACGUCGGCGGAUUUGGGCAGGAGGAGAAGGAGUGCAUCCUUCAGGACAUGAAUCGAGUCUACGCCUACUGCGCCUUUGCUUUCUCCUGCUUCAUUGCCCAGCUGUCCUUCGUCCUCAAGAAGAAGCAGUUCGAGAAGGUGCAGCUGGCGGAGGGCUUCUGA